UUUUUAAAAAACGGCUCUAACGAUUUUGAAAAUUUUUUUUCUAAAAAUGCAUGUUAAUAUAUCAAUCAAAACUGCAUACUUGUUUUGGCAGGCAAUUCAAUUUCAGAUUUUAUUUUAAUUUUUUUUUUAAACGAAUUUUAUUUUUUUUUCCAAAUUUCUAUAUAAAAAGUCUUAAAAAUUUAAGCAACUUUAACUCUAAGAGCAAGUUCGUGCGACCCAGUCGUGCAUUUUAUUUUUUUUUGUAUUUGUUUGUUCGUUCAUUCCGCUGCGAAUAUACAUUGGAUGUUCAAGUUGGAGAAAGUUACCUUCCUCCAGUAGUAAUACGAUAGUCUUCCAUGCCAUAUCGAAUCAACAAAUUAGUCUAAAAAAUAUUAAAUAUAUUUAAUUAUAUUUAAGUGUAGUUAUUGUUCCGGGACCCAAAAGAGAACAAACAUUUUGAUUGUUAAAUAAUUUCAAAAUGAAACCGAAAAACCCAUCCAAAAGGUUCUUACUAAGUGGCCUUGUGUUAAUUUGCAUUAAUUUUGUUCAACAGUCAUUAUGUAAUGACUUCGAGCGUAAAAAUGAAAAUACCACAACAACAACAACAACUGAACGUUGUGACAAUAACGAUCAACAAAUGGUAUGGUCAAGGUUUCUUGAGGAAUACACUGUGAGCCAACAAACAAAUGGAUCAAGAACUGCAAAGGUUCUUCCAAAUCCUGGCCUAGUGAACCCUAACAUGAUUAAUCCACCAACUCCGAUGAAUUUCAUGAGCGAUCAAAACUACCACCGAUACAUCCCAACAAACAAUAUCUACAUAACAAAGAGAAUUGGUGAAGCUAUGGAAUUAGAGCCACAUAUGCGUCCACCAGCAAAGGUGAUCAAUCCUCCUCAUCGACAAAAUGGUAUGCCAUCUGGCUUUGGGGGUCAAAUGCAACAGCAGCCCAAUCAUCAAGUACAUCCACAACAGCACAUUCGUGCUGUAUCCGAAAACGAUUUGUAUCUCCUUGGUGCAAUCGAAAAACUCGUUUAUCGGGUGGAUUAUCUAGAAAGUCGCGUGCGAAGAUCGGAACAAUUAAUAUACUAUCUAAUGGCGGGGAAUAACCAAAAAGAAGUUCGCGAUCCAUGCCCAGUGAAUUUCACUCGCAUCAGUGACGCAUGUUAUUUUAUUAAUAGCGAUCAACAGGUCAAUUGGAAGACUGCAAAUAGUGCGUGUAAGUCGGUCAACUCUUACCUGGCUGAAUUCGAAAAGGUGUCAGAGAAUGAAGAGCUCAUUGCUCAUUUGCUAAAUCAACAAGUUCAUCGGGGGCGUGAUUUUUGGUUAGGUGGCCUUAAUCCGGGCUUAUUGUGGAUUUGGGCAAAUUCAGCUAAACCAGUUAAUCCGAAUAUGAAUUUAACAUCGAUUGCAAAUAAUUUGCAACAAGAAACCGAUAAUGCAACCAACACAGGAGGAAGUAGUAAUAAAACAGAAUCAAAUAAAAUAUUGAAUAAUACAAUGGAAAUUAAGGGACAAGGAAGAUGCUUGAGAUUAUCUUAUAAUCCGGCAAAACAUUCAUAUUUUUAUUAUGGACAGGAGUGUACUUCGAGGCAUCAUUAUGUAUGUGAAUAUGAAGACAAGACAUUGGAUAAUAAAAUUAAGAAAAUAUCUAGAGAAUUGCGAUUAGAUAAAAUGAGUCAUGAUUAGUAAUAAUUUAUCUCAAGAGAAUUUUGGCCGAGAAAGGGCUUUUUUAUGUAUAGUCAUAGUAAUAACGAUAUGAGCCAUGUUUAAAAAAGUGUGCUUUUGCAUAUUUAUGUGUAUGUAUGUAACAAAUUGUAAUAAUUUAUUUAUUUAUUAUAUUUUGAUUUUUUUAAUAAAAUUUAAUUUAUUCGAAACUAAAACAAAUUAUAAUA